AGAAGCUGGAGGCCCAAGCAAGUGCUGCUAGAGCCAGAGCUGAGUUGCGGCCCGGAUUCGGAAAAAGUCCGGCUCCCAGCAGGCGUGGGCCGGCUUCCCUCGGCACCGUGGGUACCCUGCGCCGCGAUGUGGGCCGCCCUGAGGACAGCCCUGCGGCCUUGUGCCCGCGCCGCAGCCUCCCGGCCGCACUCCUACCACGGGGACGCAGUGGCCUCGCUGGGCUCCCGGCAGGACGCGGGCUCCGCCGUGUACCAGGAGAACUACGAGCAGAUGAAGGCACUGGUGGGUCAGCUCCGAGACCGCGUGGAGCAGGUCCGACGAGGAGGCAGUGAAAAAGCCCGGGCGCUUCAUACAUCAAGAGGAAAACUGUUGCCUAGAGAAAGAAUCGACAACCUUAUCGACCCAGGGUCUCCGUUUCUGGAGUUUUCCCAGUUUGCAGGAUAUCAGCUGUACGGUGAGGAGGACGUCCCUGCAGGCGGCAUCAUCACUGGCAUUGGAAGGGUGUCAGGAGUAGAAUGCAUGAUUGUUGCCAAUGAUGCCACUGUCAAAGGAGGCACCUACUACCCUGUGACUGUGAAAAAACACCUCCGGGCACAAGAAAUUGCACUGCAGAACCGGCUCCCCUGCAUCUACCUGGUUGACUCAGGUGGCGCCAACUUACCUCGCCAAGCAGAUGCGUUUCCAGAUCGCGAUCACUUUGGCCGCAUCUUCUAUAAUCAAGCAAUUAUGUCUUCUAAAAAUAUUACACAGAUCGCCGUGGUCAUGGGCUCCUGCACUGCGGGCGGCGCCUAUGUGCCUGCGAUGGCCGACGAGAACAUCAUCGUGCGCAAGCAGGGAACCAUUUUCUUGGCGGGACCCCCUCUGGUUAAAGCAGCCACCGGUGAGGAGGUCUCUGCUGAGGAGCUUGGAGGUGCCGAUCUUCACUGCAGGAAGUCUGGAGUCACUGACCACUAUGCCUUGGAUGAUCAUCACGCCCUUCACCUAGCAAGGAAGAUUGUGAGGAGUCUGAAUUACCAGAAGAAAUUGGACGUUACUGUUGAGCCUUCCGAAGAGCCUUUGUUUCCUGCUGAUGAGUUGUACGGCAUAGUUGGUGCUAACCUGAAGAGGAGCUUUGAUAUCCGAGAGGUCAUUGCUAGAAUUGUGGAUGGAAGCAGAUUCAACGAGUUCAAAGCUUUCUAUGGAGAUACAUUGGUCACAGGAUUUGCUCGAAUAUUUGGAUACCCGGUAGGUGUCAUUGGAAAUAAUGGCGUUCUUUUUUCCGAAUCUGCAAAAAAGGGUGCUCACUUCAUCCAGCUGUGUUGCCAAAGAAAUAUUCCUCUGCUGUUCCUUCAGAACAUUACUGGAUUCAUGGUUGGCAGAGACUAUGAGGCCGAGGGAAUUGCCAAAGAUGGUGCCAAGAUGGUGGCCGCUGUAGCCUGUGCCAGAGUGCCUAAGAUAACCGUCAUCAUCGGGGGGUCCUAUGGGGCUGGAAACUACGGCAUGUGUGGCAGAGCUUACAGCCCCAGAUUUCUCUACAUGUGGCCAAAUGCUCGCAUCUCAGUGAUGGGAGGAGAGCAGGCAGCCAACGUGUUAGCCACCGUAGCCAAGGACCAGAGAGCUCGGGAGGGGAAAGAGUUCUCCAGUGCUGAUGAAGCAGCUUUGAAAGAACCCAUCAUUAGGAGGUUCGAAGAGGAAGGAAACCCCUACUAUUCCAGUGCAAGGCUGUGGGAUGACGGCAUUAUUGAUCCGGCCGACACCAGGCUGGUCCUGGGUCUCAGCAUUAGCGCAGCCCUCAACGCACCGAUCCAGAAGACUGACUUUGGUGUCUUCAGGAUGUAACUGGAGUCAACCACACACCAAAACGUGUAAUAGCCUUAAAGGUUAAAGUUUUUUUUUUUUUUUUUUAAUGUGGCUGUUACAAUAAGUUUUUCUAAACACAGUGCUUUGUACUUUUCUACCUU